GGGGGGGGGGGGGUAGGAACGCCCCCGGUGGGGAGCGGGGCUGCUCCGGGACCGGGGAGGGGGCGUCCCUUUGCCCCCCCCCCGCCGCUUCCAUGCAGGGCAUGGGGAGCCUGCGGCUCGGCAGCCGCGCAGUGAUGUACACGGCCGAGACCCUGCCCAAGGGCAAGAACCGAGUCAUGGGGACCAUCCAAAUCAUGACCGGCUUCAUGCACAUCGGCUUCGGGAUCGUCCUCACCACGCUCACCAACGUCUACACCUCCGUCUUCGUCAUCGGAGAGAUCCCUUUCCUGGGCGGCGUGUCCUUCAUCAUCUCGGGCUGUCUGUCCAUCGGGGCAGAGAAGAGCCCCACAGAGUGUGCGGUGAAGGGCAGCCAGACCAUGAACAUCAUCAGCGCCAUCUUCGCCCUCCUGGGCAUCGUGGCCUUCAUCGUGGACCUCAACCUCAACGGGCUCUAUCACUCCGGCUUCAACUACUACGGCUACUUGGUCCUGCUCGCAGGGAACGGGAUCUCCAUCGUGCUGCUCAUCUUCACCAUCCUCGAGUUCUGCAUCGCCGUGGCCACGGCGAACUUCUGGUGCAGGGCCACUCGCCUCAGCUCCAAUGAGUCCAUGCUGAUCGUGCCCAGCACCACGCGGGUGGACCUGGCAGCCCCAUCGGCUGAGAUGCCGCAGCCCCCCAGCUACACCGAGCUCGCUGCUCCCGAGGUCUAACCCGGUGCUGGCCCACGAGGACAUCGGUGUGGGUCCUGUCUCCAUCCCCGGCCCCACAGCAUCCUCCUCCCACCGCGCUGCAGGCUGGGGUGCGCUGCUCCCUGCUCCCCAAGCCAGCAAGCACCCCCCAAUUCCC